AUGUUCCGCGCCCUUGCCCGCCCUCUCCGCGCCCAGACCUUUGCCCGCCAAGUUCGCUUCAACUCCACCCAACUCGCCCCCGCCACUGUAUCCGACCCCGCCCCCACCGCGUCCCCGAAGAACCCGUACUUUGUCCGCCGAAACACCCACGGCGCAGUCCCCGUGUACACCGACAUCCGCAACGGCGGGACGCGUUACCUGGUCCUCAUCAGCCACGUCGAGGGUAACAGAUCGGCGCUCGCCGACGACAUCGCGGAAUCCCUAUUCCCGGCAGAGUCAGAAGAGGCACAUAAGCUCAAGGUCCACCUGCACGGCAACCACCAGGUCAUCGUCAAGGGCGGUCGCUGGAAGCGGGAGGUGACCCGCUGGCUCGUCGAGCGCGGUUUCUGA